GAAAAUUGCUGCUACGACUUAGAAAACAGAGAAAGACCAGACAAUUAACUGAGAUUACACAGUCUCCGUGUGAAUUAAUUUGUUAUUUGGACCUGUGUUGUUGUGUUUAGUUACCCCAGAACACUGUGCUUUUGCUGAAAUCACUGCUACAACUCAGCCGGCUUUAGAUUUGGUACUUGCUGGGUGGGCAUUAUCCCCAUUCCCCAGCUAGUUAGCUAGCUAGCUAAAAGUGCUAGGUUUGCUAGCUAGCUAACUAACGUGAACUGCCGCUGCUUGACCGUUAGCAUCCAGUAUUCCACGCAGCAUUCAAGCUGAGAACAGAGUCAUUGUUGGGCUGGAAGCUGUUUGCUCUGCGUCUGAAAUCAGUCAUGGAGAACGAUGCUGAGGACAAUGUUAAACAACAGCCAGCAGCCACAGCUCCUUUCAGAUACACCAAGGAGGAGCUUCUGGAAAUAAAAGAACUGCCAGUCUCCAAUGAAAGACCAGAGUGUCUGUCUGAGAAAUAUGACAGUGAUGGUGUCUGGGACCCUGAGAAGUGGCAUGCUUCACUGUAUCCCGCUUCAGAGCGUAGCUCUCCAGUGGAAGGUUUUAAGAAGGACUAUGUUGAUGAGAGAGUUCCUUUGAAACGAAGAAUCCCAGAUCCUCGUGAGCGGUUAAAGGAGGAUGAUCUGGAUGUCAUACUGAGCCCGCAGCGACGCAGCUUUGGAGGUGGAUGUCAAGGCAACGCUGCACUUGCACCUCAUGCCCGCAGGCCAAUCAGCCCCCUGGAAAAUAAGGAGAAUGAGAGUCUCCGUCUAGGAGCCGCACGCAGAAUCGGCAGUGGCCGCAUAAUUGCUGCCCGAGCCUUUGAGAGAGAAGCUCGUGCAGAGAAAGAGAGGGAACGUGAGAGGGACUUUAAGGAUAAAAGAUUCAGGAGAGAUUUUGGUGACAAACGUGUGUUUAGUGAAAGGAGAAGGAAUGACUCUUAUGCAGAGGAGGAGCCAGAGUGGUUCUCUGGGGGUCCCACCAGCCAGUCUGAGACAAUUGAGCUCAUCGGAUUUGACGACAAAAUCCUGGAAGAUGAUAAACGCAAGUCCAAGCGGUCAAGAAAGCGGGCAGAGUCUUUAAAAGAAGCAGUGGAAUGUAACGGUGGACAGGCCGGAGAGCAAGAUGUGAUUUUGCAGUCCUCUGCUGAUCAGGAGGUUCCCCACCCUGAUGUUCUGCCUGAACAAUCAGCUGGAGACUUUGACUUCAAUGAAUUCUUCAAUCUGGAGAAGACCAUGCCAGGACUGGCCUCUAUGAUAGAGGACGUUUUGGGGGAGGGCCCUGUAUCGGCUAGUCGCUUCAGUCAGUGGUUCUCCAGUAACAUGAGCCCCUCAGGCAGCCGGUCCAGCAGUCUGAGGUCCACUCCUCACGAGGAACUGGAAAAACUUGCAGGGCUUGAGCCCCGUUGCACGUCCCCUGGUCACCACGGCCCUGCCCCAUACUUCACACCUAUUCAGUCAUCUGAGUGUAAGGAGAAGGUGGACAUCCUGGAGCUGCUGCACAAGGCCAAAAUAGACCUGAAGCCUCUUCUUUCCACCCUGUCAGUCAACAAGGCUCGGCUACGGGAAAGCACUAACUGUGGAGCUGUUCUCUCGCUGGAGGAAGUGGAGGGAGAGAUGAAGGGGAUGAAGCUGGGCUCAGAACCACAGGUGCGAAAGGUGCCACCUCCACAGAGGGGAAAUGGCACGCCCUUCAUGGCUGAACAUUUAGAGGAGGCUUUAACUGGUGGCACCAGCACCCGUCCACACUCACGUGACUCCGACAUGUCGGCCUUUAAUAAACUGGUCAGCAGCAUGAAGGCAAGUGGAACUCUGCCAACUCACCCUAAAACCAACACAAACAAUCAGCCUUCAGACCCAGCAGUGGUGACAAUGUCUGAAGCUCCAGUGCCUGCUCAGCAGCAGAAAAACAUAUUUCAGGAGCUCUUGGGAGGUCCUGCUCGUAGUGGCUCCCCUUCAAUACUUGGCAAUCUGUUGGGCAACUCUGAGGGCCCAACGACCUCGGCCCCUCUACAUGGCCUACUACAUAAGGGCCCGUCACCCCCUCUCUUUCCACAGAGGGCACCCUCACCUGACUACUUUAACAGUCGGUUGCAACCUUCAGCAGGUUUUCCUGUUGGUCCUCAGCCUAUGCUGCCAGAACAGUUUGCUGAUGUACACAGGUCUAUCAGCCCUGGCUCUGCUGCACAGCAACAGAUGAGGGCGCUGUCCAUGCCCGUGAAUCAGGCAGACCUUGAAGCUCUGGCAUUCCAACAGGAUCUUGCGCUUCAUGCCCACCACUCGUUCCAGUCUGGCUACAAGCAACCACAGGAUAAAUCUUUUCGAAAUAGACUGCAGCGUGCAAAUCGCUCCCCUGGUCCAGGCCCUCAGCCCGCUGGAAGAAACUCUCCAGCCAAUGCUGUCACCAGCAUGUUGUCCCCGUCAUUUACACCCACAUCUGUGAUCCGCAAAAUGUAUGCGACAAAAGACAAAAUUAGAGAUGAGCCAUCAAGUCGUUCGGAGACCAAGGAAGAGGCAGCAACGCACUGUCAAGAUGACAGCGGCUCCCCAAAUCUAUACCUGGAAGUGAUGGAUGGGAAUGCUGCCCAGUCUGGGGGAGGAAAGGCUGGCUCGCAGACCUUGUCAAACAAGGACCAGGAGCGCCUCAGGCCUGGCUCCGCUGGACACCAUACGUCCACCAUGGCACCUCCAGGACACUCCUCAUCUUUCCCUCGCCCCAUCUAUCCGGUACCGCUGCUAUCCCAUGUACCUAUGGUGCGCCCUCCUCCCCAGCUCCACCCAAAUGUGGUUCAGCGAAUGCUGGCGCAGGGUAUCCAACCCCAGCAACUUGGACCUGCUCUUGUGCAAGCAGGUAUAUUUCCUCCACAUGUUGACCUUGCACAACUUCAAGGCUUGCCUCCUGCCCUGCUUGGACAACCGCUGUACCCCUUAAGUGCAUCAGGGCAUCCACUUCUACCUCCCAGAGCCAAUACUCAGAUGCAGUUAGCAGUAAUGCAGCAGCAACUUCAGCAACAGAGACCAAUACAUCCAAGUGUCCCAGGCCCUCAGUCACAGAGCCAAGGCCCUCACCGGACAAACGGCUCCCAGCGACAUGGGGGCAGCUCCCCUCUAGGCCUUGCCAAGUGGUUCGGAUCAGACGUGCUAGAACAGCCACUCCCCUCCAUGCCGGCAAAGGUCAUAAGUGUGGAUGAGCUGGAGUUCCGGCCAUGAGAAAAUAAACACUGUACUGGAUAGCAAGAUUUUUUUUGUUUUUGUCUUUUUGCCCAUCUCCACCUCCUCCUACCAUAAAAAUGUGAACUUUAAUUUGAAAGAGCACAGACCUGGACAGUCUAACCCUGCCAUGCUUUGUCUUCAACCGUGAAGUCACUGCUUUUGAAGUGGCUUGUCAGCAGAAAUAGAAGGACGAGCGAUGGCGAGGAGUUUUGCCGACUGAGUGAAUUUUUUUCCUUUUUUUUUUUAUUUGUAUUUGGCUCUACGCAGUAAAUAAUGUAUAGGCCCAAUUGUACAGACCAUGGGAAAGAAUCUUAUUCUCCCUGUAUAUAGCUAUUUUUUCCUUUUCUUGGUAUGGGGGAAGGUGAAACUAUCCUGCAGUUCAACUGAAAACUGUGAGACAAAGUCACCAAGAGCUGGUAGCAUUCCUUUGUCUUGUUCAACUUUAAUUCCCCCCCUGAAGUUCACAGAUAAAGGGCUACUGCUAGUGAGAAAUGUUGGAUUGAUGGGUAACUUAAGUGUAUACUUUACCCUUCCUUUGUGGCAUGGCUAGUGGCCCUUUUCUGUCCAUGUGACUGGCUGGUGCAUUUCAAGACAACUCCAGGGGAUGCAGCUAGCGCUGGUUGUGCCUUUUUUGUUUGUUUGUUUUCCUUUCUUUUAAACUGUAUCCUCUCCCAUCCAACCUGUCACUAGGGGGGUGCAGCACUGCUCACGUUGUCAUUUUUUUUUGAGGGUGGUUGGGAUUCAGUUUAUGUGCUAUAAGUUAUAAAAAGCACAAAUAGAAUUAAUAAAUAAAAUCUUCAGUAAAACAGUUUGCUUAAUUGUUUUAAAUGGAUUUGUAUUUGUUGUUCAUGUACUGAAUGUAUACUCAGACCACUGAGUGUAAAUCUGAACAGAGUAGUCUAUUGUCUGCUCUAUGUUGGCUGUACUUGUCAGGAGAAAUACUAAAGGUUGUCUUGCAGGUCCUCUUAAUCUCAUCCAAACUAUUUGUUGGAAUACAACCACUAAUUGCAUUUAUGUAAGGAUACUAAGCAGUCAUGGUUGGCUGCUUGAGCAACUUAAUUGGAUAACUUUUUUUUAGUACAAGUCUACAAUCCAGUUUGGAGCUAGACCGAUUAAUUGGCCAGGAUGAUAGGCAUCUGCAGACAUUAGCUUAUUGCAGAUACCACAGCAUUGGCGACUAUGUGUGGGACAGUAAUUGAAAAGUGUCAGUGCAGAAAUGUCAUGCCUGAGGUAUUUUAAGAAGUAUUGUCCAUUAUUUACAACUUUUAAUUGCACAACUUGGUCACAAUUAAGUAAUUACAUAUAAUAUAUCCUUGUUUUUAAAAACAUCUGAUAUAAAAACAGUAUUGAUCAGACUCUA